UGGUGGGGUGGGUAGGGGAUCGGAAUGGGAACCGGAAGCGGAAGUGUUGCGCUGAAGUAAACCGCUUUUCCCGUCUUGAGGCAGUCGGACCGUUCCCGUGCUUCCCGCUGCCUGCCCCUUGUUCCCGCCGUGCUCAGUGACGUCCAAACGCCGGCAGGCAUCGAGUAAGCGGCCGCUGCCCUCGCUUCCUGGAGGUGCCGCCGGCCCCUAGCCACCUCGCCCGCGCCCCCGCACUCGUUUCUGCCUGGCGACCGCAAUGUCUGACAAGGAGUUCAUGUGGGCCCUCAAAAACGGAGACUUAGAUGAGGUGAAGGACUACGUGGCCAAGGGUGAAGAUGUCAACCGGACACUUGAAGGUGGGAGGAAGCCUCUUCACUAUGCAGCAGACUGUGGACAGCUUGAGAUUCUGGAGUUUCUGCUAUUGAAAGGAGCCGAUAUUAAUGCUCCAGACAAACACAAUAUCACACCACUCCUAUCAGCAGUCUAUGAGGGCCAUGUUUCCUGUGUGAAAUUGCUUCUGUCAAAGGGUGCUGAUAAGACUGUGAAAGGCCCAGAUGGACUAACUGCCUUUGAAGCCACUGACAACCAAGCAAUCAAAACUCUUCUUCAGUGACGGAUGGACUGAUAUCUUAACUGUCUCUCCUGUGGCCUCACACUGCUGCCUGUCUGUCACUCUUUUGCAUCUUCAAGCUUCUUCAGCUAAAUACUUUGGGGGGAGGGAAAUUAUUUCUGAAUCAGACUAGUUAGGGGCUUGUAUUGAAGAUAAUCUCUUUGGAGAGGGUUAAAAACUAUUAUGAACAGUGUCCCUCUAGGACUUCUUUUCAGUGCACAAUCUCUUCCCAUUUCUAGUGAAAAUGGAAGAAGGAAGACAGACCAUGAUCUUGAAUUUUAUGCUUGUAAACCUCCUAGUUAGUACAGAGAUUUUUGUUGAAAGAUUCCUUUAGAUUGAAGUACUGUGCUAUGUUCCUGAAACUAAUUGUGAAGGAGAUAAUAGUCCCAUGCUAUUAGUGUCUGCUAUAAUCUGAAGUGUAGUAAUGUAGGUGGCUGGGUUGCUUUUCUCUCUGUGGUUAGCUUUAUUAUUCUUCUGCCUAAAGUUUAUGUUGCAGUUUUGAGGACUUUUGAUACUAGUUAUUGGACCUGUUCUUUAUAUUGACUAAUUGGAUGACACACUAAUAUUUUUCUGACCUAUUGAGUAAACCAGUAAAGAUCAGUUGAGGCAUGGUGAUGUUACACUCCAGCAUAUUUGCGAAGGUACUUUUGGAUGCUUGAAUUUGAGGUUUUUCUUUCACAUGUUUGUUCGGGUCAAGGACAGAUGUUUUAAGCAACUGGUUUUGAGAGAGUUCAAAGUGUCACUGUAGUUGUUUCCAAAAGAAUUCUAAGAUGGAAUUACUUUACUCACCAUGUCAGCAUAAAAUAUAUAGACACUUGUGAAAGCUACAAGCUCUUUGGUACAUGUAGAUAAUCAAGUCAAAAGUGGAAAAUUAACAAUAACUAUCUAGACAUGUGUGUCAGCUGAAAUUCUUGCUAAAUAUUUCUGGUCAACUUUUAUAAUACUUCUAAGCUUUCUAAGUUUAGGUGUUAGGAACAGGAAGAUGUACAAGUAGAGGUCUUAACUUGCUUUAACUACUGGAGGGGAAAAACCCCAACUUUUAAUUGUGCAUAUCUUUGAAUCAGUAUUUCAUUGUUGGCUGAAUGAAGCUCUUAAAUUUUUAAUGAAGUUAAGGCGUGGGGCUGAAAAGUUCCCAGUGCAACCCACAUUAACCAUCGACUUUUAGAUAAGACUUACUAUACCAGUAGUUAUGACAGUACUGUGACAGUCUUGAUAAUUCAUGGGAAGGUAUUUAAUGAUGUUCUAGGUAUUCCCAUAUUUUAUGGUCCUCAGGAACGUCUGACUUUCUGGCUUUCAUUUUGAAAAUUUUCAUUACACUGCUAAUUCACCCAAAACUGCAUAACAGUUUUUGUAACAGAAAAGUGUAUACCACAAACUAUGCCUCUUCCUCUUUUUUGGAAUACAGAUUUCAAACUUUAUGAUAACAUAAAAAGUACAGAAACAAAUGUAUAUAAUGUCUCAUGCUGAAUUCUUAAACAAAAGUAGCUGAUAUUAUUUUGAUAUCACUGUUGAAAUUGAGAGGAUAUGUAGAAGUAGGCUGGCGACUACCACUCAUAUUUAAUGGCGACUUAGUUUUACUUGAAUAAUGUUGCAUAUUAUGAUUUAAUGUCUCAGCUAUAAAAAGCCUUGUGUUGACUGUAAAGUGAGAGCAGAAACUGAUUUACGUGUCCACAUCCCAUAAGAGAUGGAGAAAACAAUCAACUCUGGCCAUAAACUGUACAGUGCAAUUACUCUUUGCUUCUUUGAGAUGGGUGGCAAGGAAGAGCAGAAGGGUUGGAAAUCAGUGAUAAAUCAAUUGAUGAGCUGCUGAUAAAAGAACAAGCAUGUUUGGUGAACAAUGCUUUUAGUGCUAUUUAAAGAGAACUCUUUAAUCUUAUCUCUGAUCAGUGCUGGAUUGUCUUGUUGUUGUAAUAGUGUGAACACAGACUAUAGAUUUAACUCUUUAUUCAGCCAUGAAAGUAAGCAUCUUUGGUAUGAAUUUGCCUCCAUAUUAUGCUAUUAAAUACUUAGCUAUUAAAAUACUAGUCUAGAAAACUGCAAUCUGUUUUUAUGUGGAAAACUUGAUUAUUCAAGUUUUUUGUGUUGAUUAGUGUCAAGUUAUCUGGCCAUAGAGUUUUGGGGUGUUUUUUGUUUGGGUCAGGGUUGGGUUUUUUUUGUUUGUUUGUUUUCGGGGUGUUGUUUUUUGGGUUUGUUUUGUGUUUUUUUUUCUUUCUGUAUCCUUUCCUGUCCUUCCCUUCAACUCACACUUAAGUGAGCAUUUUCAUAGUAAAGCAACAUCAUCUUUCUACUAACUCUUCUACUAACUGGUGAUUCACUGAGGCAAUUUUGCCUUCCUUUUUCUACAGUUAUGUGGACACCUAAUUUUUUCUUACUUCACUUGGGGGGGAGGGGUGGAGAAAAAGGGGGCAAUGCAGACAAACUUCAGUGAGACAAGUGUUAAUUUGGCUGUAAUAUAUACCCAAGCUGCCUUUCAAUAUAGUUAAAAGAUGGUGUUUAAUGUUUGGCUCAUACAGAAGUACUUUUUUGUGUUUUGCACUACAUAAGAGGUGAUUGAUCAUUUUGCCCAAGUUUAAAAAUAAUAAUUAAAGCUUGUGCUUUUGUCAUUGUCUAGAAACAGGGCUUUGUUCCUUUGUUCCCCUCUUGCAAGCUAUAUUGAGGAAAAAAUAAUGGAUGGCUGCCUCUGUCUUUGAGUAGGUCCUAACUAGAUGAAAAUACAAAACUGUAAAUUAUUUUACAUUCUAUAAACAGAAUUUAAAUAUUUUGUCAUACUGGAAUAGCCUAUAAUUGGAAGGCCACUCUGUUCUUAAACCUUUUCCUUUUGAAAUUUGUGCUGAGUAAGUCACAACAUUAAGCAUAUUUUAGAUUUCUUACCAUCUGCUCCUUCUUCUUAAGGAAGAGCAAAUGGGAAAAGGAGUAUGAUAGUUAAAUGGAACUUUAUCCUUGAAUAUCCAUUGAAUUAUUUGUAGAAGAGGCUGGUAAGAAAGGAGUGUCCUAGGUCAAGCAAUUGCAGUGUUGCAUGCAAAAUUUCAAAAUGAACUUGUCUUAAUUAUAUUUUGUAAAUGGAUAAACAAUCAUCUUUCUGCGCAGUGACGGAAGAAGAUUAGUGCUCUGUGCAUUUUGAUAUUCAACUUUCUCUUUUCACUAUUAACUGUUUUAACACAGAUUCAUCAUUAUCAUGGUUCAUAGGCAUCAGAAUGCUAAAUGAUACUGUAUUUUUCAGUUUGUGUUGCAAGAAUGAAUGGAAUAAACUUGAAUUGUGCGAUAUGAGAAUGUAGAGUUUUAUUUCCCUUUCUCCCCUUGUUUUCAUUGGUCUCUGGCUGCAACUUUUAUUUGCGUGGAAGGCAUUUAAGCUCCAGCUUACAUGUACAUUGAUUAAAAUGUUCUCGUACUUAUAAGAAUUAAAUGUGGAAUAAAAGCCAGUUUAAGAACUAAA